CGGCGGCGCCGCAUCCCGCAUCGCUGCCGGUGCGCAGGGGGCCGCCCGCAUGGUGGACAUCCUCCUCCCGCGGCCGCUCCCGGGCGCCAUGGGGGAGCCCUCCAAGAGGCGGCCGGGGCUGGCCCUGUGCGCGGGCUGCGGGGGCCGCAUCCAGGACCCCUUCCUGCUGCGGGUGUCGCCGGACCUGGAGUGGCACGUCGCCUGCCUCAAGUGCGCCGAGUGCGGGCAGCCCCUGGACGAGACCUGCACAUGCUUCCUGCGCGACGGCAAGGCCUACUGCAAGCGGGAUUACAGCAGGCUCUUCGGCAUCAAGUGCGCCCAGUGCCGGGCGGCCUUCAGCAGCAGCGACCUGGUGAUGCGCGCCCGCGACCACGUCUACCACCUGGAGUGCUUCCGCUGCGCCGCCUGCGGCCGCCAGCUCCUGCCCGGCGACCAGUUCUGCCUGCGGGAGCGCGACCUGCUGUGCCGCGCCGACCACGGGCCGCCCCCCGACGGCUCCGCCGCCCGCGGGCCGCGCAGCCCCGCGCUGCCGCCGGCCGCCGCCGCGCACCUCGCAGAGCCGGUGCCCGGGCGGCCGCCCGCCCCGCGGCCGCCGGCGCACAAGGCGGCGGAGAAGACCACCCGCGUGCGGACGGUGCUGAACGAGAAGCAGCUGCACACGCUGCGGACCUGCUACGCCGCCAACCCGCGCCCCGACGCCCUGAUGAAGGAGCAGCUCGUGGAAAUGACGGGGCUCAGUCCCCGCGUCAUCCGCGUCUGGUUCCAGAACAAGCGCUGCAAGGACAAGAAAAAGUCCAUCCUCAUGAAGCAGCUCCAGCAGCAGCAGCACAGCGACAAGACGAGCCUGCAGGGCCUCACCGGGACGCCGCUGGUGGCCGGCAGCCCCAUCCGCCACGAGAGCGCCGUGCAGGGCAGCGCCGUGGAGGUCCAGACCUACCAGCCACCCUGGAAGGCGCUCAGCGAGUUCGCCCUGCAGAGCGAUCUGGAGCAGCCCGCCGCCUUCCAGCAGCUGGUCUCCUUCUCCGAGUCCGGCUCCUUGGGCACCUCCUCCGGCAGCGACGUGACCUCGCUGUCUUCCCAGCUCCCCGACACCCCCAACAGCAUGGUGCCCAGCCCGGCCGAGACGUGA